CGGUUCUUGUUGAAAGUUCGGUAAGGGUUAAAAGAACCUGACUUUGACUUUUUGACUUAUCGACUUAUCGUGUGACGUUUCUGAAAGUUUGAGGAUCACUGUUUUCAUAGAAACUUCCAUUUGCUAUUAAAGGCAGCUGAUAAGAGACGAACAUAUAAGUGAAUACUAAAGACAAAGAUUUUGCUUUUGCUACAUUCUUUAAGUAAAUUAUGAAGCACAUGGUAUUAUUUUCAAUCCUUUGUUUUGUCUUCAUAACCAUUGGCGUUACUUCAAUUUCAGCACAAAACGUAUGUAUGGACAAGGGGCAUUUCAGGCCCAACGAUACUUACGACGCAAACCGCCGUCUCAUCCUCUCUUCCUUACCUUCCAACGUCACGUCUCAAGAGGGCCUCUUCUUCAACGGCUCCAUCGGACAAGAACCCAACCGUGUAUACGCAACAGGGAUGUGCAUCCCAGGAUCAACUCCACAGGACUGUUCCGAUUGUAUCAAGAUCGCAUCUGAUCGUUUGAUAGAGAGUUGUUCUAACCAAACAAACGCGUUUACAUGGCUAGGCGAUCCCACGCUUUGCCUUGUCCGCUACGCCAGCACUUCUUUCUCAGGAUCUGGAGAUCUAACUCCGCGUAGUAUGGUCACAAACGGUGGAUAUAUAGCCUCGAAUAAAACAGAAUUCAAGAAAACAUGGGAAGACUUGGUUGCUCGUAUGAUUGACGUUGCCUCGACAGGAAAAAGCACAAGUGCAGCCUUGACCUCUUCUCAGAAUAUGUAUGCUUUGAUGCAAUGCACGCCGGAUGUUUCCUCUCGUGAUUGUAAGAAUUGUCUGCGUCAGAGCGCAAAUGACUUCCACUCGUGCUGUGCUCUGAAGCGAGGAACCCGUAUUUUGCGGCCAAUCUGCUUUUUCCGUUGGGAGUUGUAUGAUUACUCUACGGCUUCUUUUGCUGCUAAUUUUACGGUGGCUUCUUCUUCUCCUUCUCAUCUUCCUCCCGUGGUUGUGCCAGAACCUGCAGAUGAUCAGGACAACACCAUUUAUACUGAUAGGAAAGGAAUCUCAUCUAGAGUUGUUGCGGCCAUCACGGUUCCAACUGUUGUUAUACUUCUUGUUCUAGGAGUUUUUCUUUGUUGCAGGAGAAAGUCAAUGCAAAGAACUCAAGUUGAAUCUGAUAGUGAUAUUUCAACUCCACAUUCAUCGCAAUAUGACUUUAAGACAAUUGAAGUUGCAACAAACAAGUUUUCGAGAAGUAAUAAGCUCGGUGAAGGCGGAUUUGGCGAAGUUUACAAGGGUACGCUUUCAAAUGGAACAGAAGUGGCUGUGAAGCGACUGUCGGAAAAGUCAGGACAAGGGAUAAGAGAGUUCAAGAACGAGGCUGUUCUUGUCUCAAAACUUCAACACAGAAAUUUGGUUAGGCUUCUUGGAUUUUGUCUGGAAGGAGUGGAGAAGAUUUUGAUAUACGAGUUUGUUCCCAACAAAAGCCUUGACUAUUUCCUAUUUGACCCUGAAAGACAAAGUCAGCUAGACUGGAUUCAGAGGUACAAUAUCAUUGAAGGGAUUGCUCGAGGAAUUCUUUAUCUGCAUCAAGAUUCACAGCUCACAAUCAUACUAUUGACAAGGUCAGUUCAGACAAGCCCAAGACACUCAAUGAAGCAAUUCUAAUCAAGCCCACAACACUUCAACCCCAACAACAACUCAAGCCCAUUUCCAUCAAGACACAGCCAGCUCAUCAAUCCUCUCCAACGGAUACAUUACUUUGCGACAAAGACAGAGCAAGAGAAGAGAAAAGGAAGGGAAAGCAGAUUAUGACAUCACCGUGUGGUCCAGAGUUGUACAACCCCUUCUCAGCCCUCGGAUCUCUUGGAGAAGAAGGAUGAUGACAAGUGUAAUAGGAACUAGGCUUUCACAUUUCUGUAUUUAAGCAAUCUCAUUCUCAUUGUAAAACCUUAAGAAGCAAGAAAUAGAAAUUGCAGUUUCAUUGUCU